AUGAAGUCUCCAAAUGACCACCGGGAUUACACACCCUCCACAUCCAAACUCGCCACUAAGGAAUGUCUGUCUACAGCACACGUGGAGCAACCUGCCUCGGAAAUACUCCCCAGAGAUGCUGGUGAUGCUGAGCAGUGCUUGGAGAGAGGGCACUCUUCCAUAUCUGUGAGCCAGAGUGAGCAGAGUCUGGAAUUUGAGCCCCAGUGCAGUUCUGUAGAGCAACCUGCCUCGGAAAUACUCCCCAAAGAUGCUGGUGAUGCUGAGCAGUGUCCUAAACACCGUUUGGUGUGUGGCGAUAUGUCUGCUUUUGACAAAUGCAUUCACUGCCUGGGACCUUUCGCCUCUUUGAAAUGGAUGGGGUUCAAAUGCAAAGGACUCUGGCAUCUAACCUGCUACAGACGGAUGAUGGGUCAAGACUCAUCAGACCUCAUUGAUUCUAUGAGCUCUGGAAGCGAGCCAGACAACAAGGAUUCUGAGGAACGGACCGGGAGAACAAGAGUGCUGGCUUUGGCUACAGCCCAGGAGGCCGUUUUCAGCCAACACUUUUCAAGUGGAAUGUGGAAGAUUCUGAGCUCCAUAAAGGUGGAUGAAAUUGGCCUGACUUUGAGAAAUGACCUCUCCAUUGUGCACUUUGCCCAGUCACUUUACAACAGACACGGACAAGACCCCACAAAACAUGAGUACAUGCGACAGAAGCUCCGUGAAGUGGGAAGGCUGCUAGUCUGUCUGCGCCACGACUUCUCAAUACACAGCCUGGAGGAAGCUAUCAAGCCAUGUAACUUUCAGAAUGUUGUUCAGGCAGUUCAGAAAGUUGCUGGCUUUGAUGAAGAAAAGCUGUCCUAUCGUACACCAAGCCUGGCUUUGAAGCUGGGGCACACACUAAACAAGAUCUGCGACAUCAUUCAGUGUCGAGCUCUGAUGGCAGAGGAUGACAGGCUGGUUAAGUCAGCUGAAACAUUCAGUAAACUGUACACCUCCAAGUGGUGUGAGCUGGUGUCCCAUAGUGCUCUGAAUACGCUGAGUACGCUGAAGUAUAAUAAACCAUCAACACUGCCCUUCACAGAGGACGUUCGGACACUACACCAGUACCUGCAGAAGUCUGCAGACGCUGCUGUUGGCAGCUUGACGGAGGAAGCUACAUCCAAGACCUAUGCUGAGCUUAAUGAGAUAUCAUUCAGUGACAGUGAAGCUAAGGACAGUGGCAGUGACUCUGAGGACAGCAGCACAGAGGCUAAGGAACCACAACUUGAGGACAUGGAAAGUCUGGGUCAAUCCUCAGGCUGUCCCAUCGUGGAGCUGUCGCAGAACUCUGAGGACUUCAGUAAGUAA